AUGAAUUUACAUCUAAAAAAACGUAUCGUUUGUGCCAUGUCCGGUGGUGUUGAUAGUUCGGUAUCUGCAGCUUUAUUAAAGAAAAAAGGUUAUGAAGUCAUCGGUUGUUUUAUGCGAAAUUGGGAAAAACAUGAAGAUGAUGAUAGUCAAACAAAAUGUACAAAUGAUCAAGAUCUUGAAGAUGCUAUUUAUGUUAGUAAACAAUUAAAUAUUCGUUUACAUAUUGUUGAUUUUAUAAAAGAAUAUUGGACAAAAGUAUUUGAACUAUUUCUUGAUGAUUAUCAACAUGGUUUAACACCAAAUCCCGAUAUACUUUGUAAUAAAUAUAUUAAAUUUGAUUCAUUAUUAAAAUAUUGUCAAGAACGUUUGGAUACAACAUAUUUAGCAACAGGACAUUAUGCACAAAUAAAACAAGAUGAACGAGGAAUUAAAAUAUAA